ACUUAGCAACUCAGUCGGAUUGCCCAAACGAUUUUCGUUUCUGUUUUGUUGGACGGAAUUUUCUACUACGGUUUUCGGUUCGAACAAAUCGGAUACGCGGUACUAUUUUUUAUUCUGCUCGUUUGUUCAUCUUUACUUUCGAAAACUCGCCACUCGGAGUUCGUGCUGACGGCGAUGAGAUUUUUUCUUAUAUACAUGUGCCGUGCGUUGUUUGCAUGUAUAUAAGCCGCGAGUACGAGUCCGGGAGAGUGAGACACGAUCGCAUCGCGGUGGUUCGUAGGGUGAGAGAGUGUUUCAGGCCAGAAGCAAAAGCGGCAGCAACAGUGGCCAGCUAGCGCACCUUCAAGCAUUAUAUAUCGAUCUUGUGCCUGGCAGUGCGUCUCAAAAUGGCAACCCGUGAAAAGAAGCCCAGAUCAGUGAAUUCAGACUCUCCCACCCCGUCCCUCGGCGGCGGCAGCGACUCAGCGCCUUCGACACCAACAAGCAAGGGUAAAGGUAGUCGCGCAUCCUUGAGCAGGCAGAAGCCGAAACAAUUGGUGAACGCAAAUGAGGAUUCCAUUCAAUCAACAGAUGAUAUUACUGAUAUGACAUCCGCCGACACAGCAAAUUCAACUGCUGUCAGAUCAAGCAGCAGCAGCAGCAGUAGAACCACACGAGCCACAAAAGAUGAACCUACGGAGCAAACCAGUGCUUCGAAGGAAAAGGAAAAAGAUGAAGUUAAAGAAUCGAAGGAUUCGAAACCGGGCGCAAGCAAAACGGCAGCGAAGAAAAAGAAGCCAGCCCGUGCGGGCGGCAGUCAGGUUAAAACUUCUGUCACUGCACUAAAGAAAGCCACUUUAAUGAAAAGAAAAACUAAGCCUAUUGUGGGCAAACCAGUACUAGGUAAGAAGGUCAUUGCACGUAAACAAAUAAAUGCCAAAGGCAAAAAGGAAGUGACCGUGACCGUGAAAGAAGAAGAUAGCAAAAACACCAGUCUGCGCAACGGGAAACCCCGUGCCACCGACAGUCCAUCAUCGAAGCGCAAAUCGGUCACCCCAAAGGAUAAAUCUCCAAAAGAUUCCACAACAGAACCACUCACUGCGGUGAAAAUAGAGCGCCGUCGAUCGGAUUCCGUUUCAAAAUGCUCAGACAUAACCGAUACCAGCAUAUUCGAUACGUCCUUCUGCAAGGAAGAGGACGAUAAGAAAGACGACACCAGCCUGUCGGAGCUGAAACGUGAAAUUUUGGAGGAAAACGAAACAAAAACCAAAAUUCUUGACAAAAUGGCAGAAGCGUUCAACGAGCGAAAGACACCGACCGUACCGUUGUCCAAGGACGAGAAAGCUGUUCGUCGCAGUGCCCGGCAGCGGAAAAGUACCGGCCGGGAUAAGGAAGAUUUUGUGGCUCCCAAAAUAAAGGCACCGGUCGAAAUUAAAGCGGAACCAAUGGACACCGAUGACGCAACGCCGGCUCCGUUGAGUAUCGACACGGAACCAUCGUUAAAGGAGACGCCUAGUAGUGAAUUGGAAAAGGACUCCUCAUUGAGUCCGGAGCUUAUAAGUGAAGGUGUAUCCGAAAUAAGCGUGAAAGAAUUCUACAGUGAGCCCGCUUUUUUGGAAAAUAAUCUAGGAAUUGAAAAGGACCCUAAAUUGGGGGAAAUUGUGCAAGUCCAAGAGAAAAUAAAAUUGGAUAAAGAAAGUGAAAGUGCAGUGACUGCCAAUGGCAGUACAUCGGUUAAAAGCGAUACUCAAUCGGUUGUGAUUAAACAGGAAAAAAUUGAACCCGAAGAUAUCAAGGAGGAAAAUACGGAUAGUGCAGUGUUAAAUAGUGAACUGAUGGAAGUUGAUAGGCUGAGGGAAAUUAUCGGAAUCGUAGGAAGCAGUGAAAGUCAAAGUAAAAUUCCACCCAUUGUAGUGAUUCCGAAUUAUGCCAGUUCUGGUAAUGAAUCGCCCCUUUCGGACGGUUCCAAUGAUAAAGACUCCCUGUUUGGUACAGGUAGUAAAGUGGAUAGUAUACUGAAGAAAUUAGACUCUCGCUCGGAUUCCGAUGGGGAACGAUCAGGAAAACAAAAUACUCAAAAAUCUAAAUCUUCGGUAAAGGAACCGAAACCGAAAGCUCGCAGUUUAAAGGACAAGGGAAAAGAAGACGAAAAGAUGAAAGAGGAAAAACUGCGCCAAGAAAAGCUUCGCGUUGAGGAAAAAGUGCGCGAAGAAAAACUUCGUGCCGAACGACUUAACCAGGAAAAACAGAAAAAAAUAGAAGAGGCACCGCUCAGCGAUAGCACAGGCAAGCAGGAGCAAAAUGUAAACAAAUCACCCCCUGCGACAACAAUAGAGCCAGUUGGUAAGCAAAAUAGUCCUAAGCAUACGAGUGACAUUGUUUCGGUUGUGGAGAAAAUAAUUCCUUCGACAACCGUCACAACACUCAGCCUUACUUCAGCUGAUUCACAUUUAGUACUUUCGGUUACCUCGUCAGAGUCGAUUGAUUUUGCCGAGCAAACCGUAAACGAUACGCCCAAGGUUGAACCAAUCGUAACCAAUACGAUUACUUUAGAGAAUCUUCCCGCCAUCACCCUUCUGAAAAAAGAUCCCAAUCAGACCCUGGUGGAUGACAGCAAUGUCGAGCCCGUUCAAUUGAAAGCUGAACUAGAAAUUGUUCCCCUCAAAGAAAUGGUGGUGGCUAAGGAAGAAAAACUAGUUGAAAAGGAACACGAGCCAUCGGUUUGUAUUGUUCCAAAGGGCGAACAAAUGGUUGUGCCUGCAAAGACAGUCACAGCUGAAGAAAACAAAUCCUCUCUUAGCAUUAUCACUGUACAGACUGAACAGGGUUCUACUAAUACUGCUAUUUUCAAAGAAAUUUCGGCAGAAAAACCAGAAGUAAAUGCACUAGAAGCGGUUGAAAAUCGCGAAACUAUCAAAGAAGUUCCGCAAAAGAACGUAUCAAAGACUGUUGAAGUAAGCUCGCUUAGCGUGACUGAAGUGCUUCCAGUGGCUGAUUCCGCUGAACAUGCGGACAUCGCAUCGUUGGCCGAGCCCGAAGACGAAUUGGACGAUAUUGCUAAGCAAAAGGAGUCCCACUUCAAACAUUUGGGAUUACUUACCCUUCAGGCUGCCAGCGCUGAAAAACAACGGCGAAAGGAGCUUGGCCUUCAGAAACCAUCCGGAGGCUCAGGAAGUGGAUACAGCUCAUCUUCCAGCAGCGGUGGAGGAAAGAGCAGCGGUAAACAAAGCCGAAAUUCUGAAUCCACCGGAACCCUAAAAACUGUGAUAAAACUUAAUCGAGGUGAAAAGCGCAAACCACGACUGCCGUUGAAAAUGACACUGCAGAAGGGGAAAGGCAAGGGCGCCGAAAAGGAUGCCAACGGCGGAGGCGGAAAUGGAGAGACAGCGUUCUACAUCAUUCACAAUGAGAGUGAUCAUCAAAAUCAAUCGAUGCCAGACGCGACAGGAGCGACGCAGCAAGUACGAAAAGCGCACAGCCGUUCCCACACCACCGAUGGUGUUACAUUGACUGAAGUGGUCGCGGAAACUGCCCCCAAAGAGGUAGUACAGAAAGCGCUCAUCGUCCCGGAAAAGGCAUCUUCAUUUAACGUACAUCCGGAACGCUUGUGUCAGGAUCAAUGUUUCUACUGCGGUGGCAAGUUCGGUCUGUACGAUACACCAUGUCACAUUGCGGCAAUGAAGUCCACCGAAAGGCAGCAGAAGAUCCUGGAUAGUGAACUGAAAAUUAAGAUUGAUAGCUGUUUAUGCGACGCUUGCUUUCGGCACGUGGACAGAAAGGCCAAUUGUCCUUCCUAUAGGAAACGAACCGAAGCAAAGUCUCUUUCAUCGUUGGCUAAAAUACAAAGCAACUCUGGCGUGUCAGCCGAUGACAAGCAAGCGCAGGAUGAGGUGAUGUUGAAUCCAACAUCGAUGUCGACAGAAAGUGCCGAAUCAGAAAUGAAAGAUGGUCCGAAUCAGGUAUCGUCCGUCGAAGAUUUGGAGGUCAUGGAGGAAAAAAUCCAUGGCAACUGCUACGUUCAGAAUUGUGGUGCAGCUGCUUCGCACACAAUCCGCCGCAAAUGGUUGCUCAAGAUGAAGAAGACCAUCCUGAAAAUUAUGGAGAUAAAUUUGGAACAAAACAAUGCGACGUCGAACCUUAUUCCAAUCUGCGAUGACCACUAUAAGCUUAUAGACCACCUGAUGAUAUGCGCCAUGUGCAGACGUCGAUUGCCGAAGAACCACAUCUAUUACAUAGUCAAUGAAAUUCCGCAAUUAGAGCGCCUUAUCCAGGAGCAAGGAAUAGCAAUGAAGCUUGGCAAUUCGACGCUAGUCGUGUGCAAAUUAUGCAGAUACUAUGCUAAUUUGUUGCUUAAGCCACCGGAUGCAAAAUCACAGAAGGCUCAGUUCAUCAAGAACUACAACCGAAGGUUGCUACAGUCUUAUGAACGUGAAAACGAACAAGAACAAUUAGCCGCCGACACUGUUGUUAUAGAACCGAUAAGAAUAGUCACCAACCCGGACAUAGUCAUUUCGGAUGGUGAGGAAGAUUCGGCGAGCUUGUUGACGGUGGGUGAGUCCAUUUCGCUGCAGCGCCGCAGACACCACUCACGUAAGUCUACCGAGGUUUCUGCUAACGAUGCAAACUGUACUCAAAUGGGUGAACUUGAAGAAGUUACAAUAACACCGGCACCAAAGAUAAUUACUUCGGGUGCCAAUGUCAGUAGUAACAGUUCCAUCGUUCUUGAUUCGACUGAUGUAUCCAUUGAACAGACAGCGUCGGCGGAAAAACGCCGCAAAGAUGAUGCUCUCGAUAUGACAAAGGCUCUUAAGGCCAACCCGAACAUUUCAAUGCGUGAAUUGUUUCCUGGAGAAGAGGAGCUCGGUAUUCACAUCAAUAUUCCGUUCAGCACUGCUUCGACGCGAACACCAGAAGGAUGGGCCAAAGUUACAACCACUUUACAGUAUGACGAUGCAACACGUGCUCUGUGGGAGGAUUUACAAAAACCGUACGGUAAUCAGUCUAGCUUUUUGCGGCAUUUGGUGCUACUGGAGAAAUAUUUCCGUAAUGGCGAUUUAAUAUUGUCGCCACAAGCUAAGAACAAUGCUGCUUCAUACUCAGAGGCUGUCCAGAAUCGGCUUCGAUCUUUCGAUAAUAUUUCCACACCGUCUACUUCGUUAACGAUUGUCGAUAAGAAUACUAUCCUCCAGCAAUUAGGCAAUGCACCAAUUACUAUAAUACCCACUGCCAAGUCUAGAAACAAACCGUCGACAGAACCGGUCAGUUUGCUUAAGUCUAAUAAUCCACACCUGGUUGCUGCUACAGGAGAGCCGGCAAUAUCAAUGAAGCGAAAACUUUCCACUGAUGCUACAUUCAAACCUGCCACCAGCAAGCAGGACACUGCAUCUGGCAGCAAAGUGAUUAAAUUAGACGAAACCGUUAUUGCACCAGCCGGAAAAUCAAUUGGUAUGGUACCUCCAGAGCUCAUUAGUAUCAACGCAAAGCAGAAUGUUACAAUUACAUCAAUUCCUUCGAGCAAAUCACAAUCCUCGACACUCCAACCACCUCAGCAACAGCAAUCCCUCCUUCAGCCGCAGCAGUCCCUCUUGCAACCCCAAACGACCAACAAAAAGUCCCCGGGUACAAGCGGAGGGCGCGAAAUUAUCAAACUGCCCGAUCAGCUAACGGAAGCAGAGCGGCGUGAAACGUCUAAACCUUGGCGACCAACCUUGAUACCGAUUACACCUGGCAGUUCCGAAACCAUCAAAGCAGGUCCUCUGUAUCAAACCGCUGACGGCCGAAAAUUGCCCAAAUUGGUUCAAGUUAUGUCCGGUGGGAAACCGUACCACAUUUCCAUCAACGAUUACAACCGCAUGUGCAUUUUGCGUCGCGAAAAGCUGCUUCAACAACAGCAAGCAUUGCUGCAGCAGCAAAUUCACCACCACCAGAAGCGGCUGCAGCAGCAAUCACCUCCCACUCUCAUUAGAGCGCCCACUCCAAAACAACCCACAGAAAACGUCACCAACUCCGCUGCCAAGAUGGUUCAAAUACCUAACCAGAUCCUAGAGCAAAAUUCUCUCAUUCCCAUCAACAACAGCGGGAACAAUAACAGCAGUAACUCGGCGAAAUCGAACGGUCCUAGCAGUGAGCUGCAGCAGCUGAUACGCAUGCGCAAACCGAACAGCAGCGGCAAUUUGGCGUCAGCCGCUACGAGUGCCGCUAGCGCUACGGCAUUCUUCAAAAACACCUUAUCAAUGAAUGCCGCCAGCAAAGCCCUUUCCCUGCCAAACAGCACCAGUGUGUUUUCGAUGCCCUCGCAGAGUCAGUCACAACAACAGCAGCAACAUCCACCGAAUGCAACCUCCCCAUCCACCCCAUCACAACUCGAUCAGCUCUUCAAGAGCAACAACCAAUUCCUGAGCAACUUGGUCAACCAAUCGCAGCUCAGUGCGAUGGUAGCAGCGGCAGCAGCAGCGGUUGCCAACGCCUCCGGUAACCCGAUGCUAGCGGGAGCCGGAACGAGCGGCGGCUCUAUUCUAAUGGACAACUCAGCCGCCCAGUUGCUAUCCAAAAUACCAAAAUCCCUAACUGUGAUACCACAACAAAAACAAAGAUCCUUGUCACGUGUCUCCUCGAACGAGGACCAAAGCAGUGCCUAAGCGAAUGAAAUCGAUAAUACAAGCAAAACUGAACUGCACACUAAUCGUAAAUGAAAGGUAGAACAGAACAGAAAAAAAGUUAGUCCACAGAAAGUAACGUGAACAUGAAGAAAACAAUGUUGAUCAAUUAUUAGGAUUUAGAUUUUUCCUUCAAAGCUUCUCAAAAAGAUAAAAUAUUGAAAUACACACACAUUAAGCAAAGAAUAUGCUGAACACCCUCGAGAACUAACAAUUAAUUGCUCUAGUCACUUUGGCUUGUCUUUAACCUAUUUUACGAGUUUUCAUUCAUUAUCGGUUUCUUUAUUGCAAUCGAUGGAAUCAGAGGCAAACGCGCAGGAAAACAUUCCAACACGAGCGAGCACUGACUGACCGACGACCCUGAAAGCCUGAUGAUCAGCCGAAUGCGAAUGUAACAGCCAAAACAGGAAAUCUUGCAACAUCCUUUUUGUCGUUGAUGCACAUACGUUUUAGCAAAUUGGGUUUGAAUCAGGCGUCAUACCAGCAUAUAGGCAGGAAGGAACAAAGCCAGUGAAGCAACAACUAUUGUCACACUGUCACAGAACCUAAUACAGGCCCCUAAAUGAACCGAGAAAAAGAAAAAACAACAAUUGGAAGAUCAGUAAACAUUACUUUGCAUCGUUCUUCUUAUCAUAGGUUUUUGCUUUGCCGCAGGCGUAAACAUUUAAGUUUUAGUAUACAAUGGCACUAUAAUUAUUCAUUGCAACUAUAAUUAUUACAGAUAACAGAUAACUUAUUAGGAAAGUUAAAUUGGAUCUUACGAUCGUUAUUAUACUACAUACGCCCCCCCCCCCCCCCUAUGAAAUACCAUUUAUACACCGAAACCAUCAAAUAUCGCCGAGCUCUGAACUUGGUUACACUAUAUUGCAGAUUAUUUUACAAUAGCGUGGAUUUUGCUCCCAUUAUUCUCACGGCACGUAUGUUAUAUAACCAACCUUUGUUUAGGUUUAGGCUUAGGCUGAAACGGUUCACGAUAACAGAAAAACUCUGUCGGUAAAUUAUUAUACAGUUGAUAGGCGUACAGUUUAUUCAUUUCGCUUCGAUCAACGCUGCGGAAAAGUUUUCGGCAAGCACCCUCUAGUGUGGUAAGAUGAAAAUAUUACAAUGAAACUAGCAGUAAUGCACCUUUGUCUAGGUACAUAUGUUAUGAUAAGUAAUGGUUUACAAUAAGAACAACAAGACAGAACUACAAACGAAACUGUGGAGUAACAAAUAGAAAGAAAAACCUAUGAAAGAGCGAAACAUAUGAGAUAGUUGACUAUUAUUUAAUGAAUUUUUAGGAAUCAGAGUGUUAAGGACCCGUAUUUUAUCACACCUAUCAAUUGAAGAUAAAACACAGAAACACAUAAUAGACUUACAAUCUUGGAUUAAAAUACAAAAAAAGUGUAUAAAUUUGAAAUAAAA